AUGGAACCUCUCGACGGCACCGGGGCCGCUCCAGGGGCGUCCCUAGAUCGGGACCCGGAGAAGACAAAGACGCGGACCAGGGUGCAUGAACGCAUUGGCGACCAGAUCCCUCACGAGAUGUAUUACGGCGAGUUCUACGACCGCGACCUGCGAAUUGACGCCGUCAUGGUCCGCUACUCGUCCCCCUACCCGGGCGUCCGAGCGGUGGCAGAAAUCAUGGACGACUCGAGCACCCCGACCGAGACGGCGAGGGCCUACUUUCUCGCUAUAUCCUCGUACAAGACGCCCGGCUUCCUCCUCCUGCUCUUCUUCAUGUACUGGCUGCCCCGCCGCCGACUGGCCUGGUGGGAGAAGUACAACUACGUCCUCUCGGCCGCCCUGGCCGCCGACGUCGCCGUCGGCGCCGUCGUCAUCUUCUUCGCCGUCCAGGACAACCCCGUCGAGCUCGACUGGUGA